GGAGGUGGAGCGGGGAGAGGCGUUAGGCCGGGCGGCUAAAACGCGCCGCAAAAGUGGGGGAGAGAUUGCGCGGAGCCCGCGCGAGCCUGGGGACGCUGGAGGCAGCUGGGCUCUUGGGCAGGCGCGGAGUCCGGGGAAGCAGGGCAUGCGCGCGUGGUGGGUGUCGGCAGAGUCUCGCCGCCUCCGCCCUCUUUCUUGGGUGGCUCUCCGCCUCCUCCACCCUCCAAGGGCCGUUGGUACAUUCCUAGUGACUCCAAGCGCUUAAAAGGGGCCCGGGAGGGCGAACCCCCGAGAUCGGAACCUGAUUUCUGUGUGCGCCGCGUCUGCGACGAGCCCGGAUCCGCUGCGCUGCCAGCGGCGUGGGGUGGGUCUCGCUGUCUUUGCGGCGACAUCCCGACGAGCGGCGCCGGAGCGCUGGGUGCGUGCGCGUGUCUGCCUAGCGGUCUAGCGAGCGGUCGGGCUCCCUCGCCCCCGGCUCCUGGUUUGGCUCCGCUGCUCCACCGCAGCCCAGCAGCGAGGCGCGCACACAGCCGGCUCCGCACCAGAUGGAGCAGACCGAGGUGCUGAAGCCCCGGACCCUGGCCGAUCUGAUCCGCGUCCUGCACCGGCUCUUCGCCGGCGAUGAGGUCAAUGUGGAGGAGGUGCAGGCCGUCAUGGAAGCCUACGAGAGCGACCCCACCGAGUGGGCUAUGUACGCCAAGUUCGACCAGUACAGGUAUACCCGAAAUCUUGUGGAUCAAGGAAAUGGAAAAUUUAAUCUGAUGAUUCUCUGUUGGGGUGAAGGACAUGGCAGCAGUAUUCAUGAUCAUACGAACUCCCACUGCUUUCUGAAGAUGCUACAGGGAAGUCUAAAGGAGACAUUAUUUGCCUGGCCUGACAAAAAAUCCAAUGAGAUGGUCAAGAAGUCUGAAAGAGUCUUGAGGGAAAACCAGUGUGCCUACAUCAAUGAUUCCAUCGGCUUACAUCGAGUAGAGAACAUCAGCCAUACGGAACUUGCCGUGAGCCUCCACUUGUACAGUCCACCUUUCGAUACGUGCCAUGCCUUUGAUCAAAGAACAGGACAUAAAAACAAAGUCACCAUGACAUUCCACAGUAAAUUUGGAAUCAGAACUCCAUGUGCAACUUCGGGCUCAUUGGAGAACAAUUAAGGAGCACCAAACCCUCUGAGGUUUUACUUUAAGCCUCGCUGUAUGUUUGCCUUGGACAAAAAGGCUACCUACCAUGUGCUAUCCAGUAAUGUGCUUAAAUAAGCCAAUACUUAGAUCUACUGUAAGGCAGAUGCUAAUUAUAAGGCAUUAAGUAAGCAAGUAGUGCCCUCAGCUACUGCAGAAGAAAAGUCCCACUAAGGAAAAGAAAGUCUUGUGAUUUUUAAAGGCAAGUUUCCACAUGCUCUCCUAGUUCUAUCCUCUGAUUCCAUUGAAUCCAUACUAGGAGUGUCAGUGAGGGUUUUCAUAGCUUUUGGAAAUACUUUGGUCUCUGAACUGUAAUUAGCAAGAAGUAAAAACAGAAACCUCAAACAUCAAAUGCUUGCUUUGGUACCUGGAGGACUAAACGUAGACGUCUUUAGUAUACUUUGUAUGUUCUUAACAUUGAAAGAUAAUUUUGUGAAUCUGUAGAUUUCAUUUUUUCAGUCUUACCUUACGAAUUUCUUUUCUAUGAAUAAUAGAGAGGAACUGACAGCACUCUGCCAUUGGGUAAUGAAAGGAAGUGGAGAGGAUUUAGAAAAGUACAUGCUCCCCAAACCACAACAAACCAAAACAUAAACUCACGUCUGUGUCCCAUGGUCAUAGUCAAAAGAUUUUGUACGGCUAAAAUUGCAAAAUAAUUUUAAUAAAGUGGAUUUGAACACAA